AGCCCCGCUCGCCGAAACCUGCACCGCCGAUGCCCGGUUACUGCGCACGCGCGGGACGACGUCACGUGUUCUCCCCGGGCUCGGCGGAGCUGGCAGGAGGGACCUUGCCAGCUUCCGCCGCCGCGUUGCUUCAGGGCUCGGCUGGCGGAUUCGCGCUGCCUCCGCCACUGCAGGGCAGCUGGGGGAAGGGAGCCGAGCUAAGGGCGCGCGUCGGCGCGGCCAUGGGACUGCGCCGGAUCCGGUGACAGCAGGGAGCCAACCGGCCCGGGCCCUGAGCGCCUCUCCUCCGGGGGGCCUCGCCCUCCUGCUCGCGGGGCCGGGGCUCCUGCUGCCCUUGCUGGCGCUGCUGCUGGCGGUGGCGGCGGCCAGGAUCAUGUCAGGCCGCCGCUGCGCGGGCGGGGGAGCGGCCUGCGCGAGUGCGGCGGCUGAGGCAAUGGAGCCGGCUGCCCGAGAGCUAUUCGAGGCGUGCCGCAAUGGGGACGUGGAGCGAGUCAAGAGGCUGGUAACGCCGGAGAAGGUGAACAGCCGCGACACGGCGGGCAGGAAAUCCACCCCGCUGCACUUCGCCGCAGGUUUUGGGCGGAAAGACGUAGUUGAAUAUUUGCUUCAGAAUGGUGCAAAUGUCCAAGCACGUGAUGAUGGGGGCCUUAUUCCACUUCAUAAUGCAUGCUCGUUUGGUCAUGCUGAAGUAGUCAAUCUCCUUUUGCGAAAUGGUGCAGACCCCAAUGCUCGAGAUAAUUGGAAUUAUACUCCUCUCCAUGAAGCUGCAAUUAAAGGAAAGAUUGAUGUUUGCAUUGUGCUCUUACAGCAUGGAGCUGAGCCAACUAUCCGAAAUACAGAUGGAAGGACAGCAUUGGAUUUAGCGGAUCCAUCUGCCAAAGCAGUGCUUACUGGUGAAUAUAAGAAAGAUGAACUCUUAGAAAGUGCCAGGAGUGGCAAUGAAGAAAAAAUGAUGGCUCUGCUCACACCAUUAAAUGUCAACUGCCACGCAAGUGAUGGCAGAAAGUCAACUCCAUUGCAUUUGGCAGCAGGAUAUAACAGAGUAAAGAUUGUACAGCUAUUAUUGCAACAUGGAGCUGAUGUCCAUGCUAAAGAUAAAGGUGAUCUGGUACCAUUACAUAAUGCCUGUUCUUAUGGUCAUUACGAAGUUACUGAACUUCUGGUCAAGCAUGGUGCCUGUGUAAAUGCAAUGGACUUGUGGCAAUUCACUCCUCUUCAUGAGGCAGCUUCUAAGAACAGAGUUGAAGUAUGUUCUCUUCUCUUAAGUUACGGUGCAGAUCCAACACUGCUCAACUGUCACAAUAAAAGUGCUAUAGACUUGGCUCCCACACCACAGUUAAAAGAAAGAUUAGCAUAUGAGUUUAAAGGCCACUCAUUGCUGCAAGCUGCACGGGAAGCUGAUGUUACUCGAAUCAAAAAACAUCUCUCUCUGGAAAUGGUGAAUUUCAAGCAUCCUCAAACACAUGAAACAGCAUUGCAUUGUGCUGCCGCAUCUCCAUAUCCCAAAAGAAAGCAAAUAUGUGAACUGUUGCUAAGAAAAGGAGCAAACAUCAAUGAAAAGACUAAAGAAUUCUUGACUCCUCUGCACGUGGCAUCUGAGAAAGCUCAUAAUGAUGUUGUCGAAGUAGUGGUGAAACAUGAAGCAAAGGUUAAUGCUCUGGAUAAUCUUGGUCAGACUUCUCUGCACAGAGCUGCUUAUUGUGGUCAUCUACAGACCUGCCGCCUACUCCUGAGCUAUGGGUGUGAUCCUAACAUUAUAUCCCUUCAGGGCUUUACUGCUUUACAGAUGGGAAAUGAAAAUGUACAGCAACUCCUCCAAGAGGGUAUCUCAUUAGGUAAUUCAGAGGCAGACAGACAAUUGCUGGAAGCUGCAAAGGCUGGAGAUGUGGAAACUGUAAAAAAACUGUGUACUGUUCAGAGUGUCAACUGCAGAGACAUUGAAGGGCGUCAGUCUACACCACUUCAUUUUGCAGCUGGGUAUAACAGAGUGUCCGUGGUGGAAUAUCUGCUACAGCACGGAGCUGAUGUGCAUGCUAAAGAUAAAGGAGGCCUUGUACCUUUGCACAAUGCAUGUUCUUAUGGACAUUAUGAAGUUGCAGAACUUCUUGUUAAACAUGGAGCAGUGGUUAAUGUAGCUGAUUUAUGGAAAUUUACACCUUUACAUGAAGCAGCAGCAAAAGGAAAAUAUGAAAUUUGCAAACUUCUGCUCCAGCAUGGUGCAGACCCUACAAAGAAAAACAGGGAUGGAAAUACUCCUUUGGAUCUUGUUAAAGAUGGAGAUACAGAUAUUCAAGAUCUGCUUAGGGGAGAUGCAGCUUUGCUAGAUGCUGCCAAGAAGGGAUGUUUAGCCAGAGUGAAGAAGUUGUCUUCACCUGAUAAUGUAAACUGCCGUGAUACCCAAGGCCGACAUUCAACACCUUUACAUUUAGCAGCUGGUUAUAAUAAUUUAGAAGUUGCAGAGUAUUUGUUACAACAUGGAGCUGAUGUAAAUGCCCAAGACAAAGGAGGACUUAUUCCUUUACAUAAUGCAGCAUCUUAUGGGCAUGUAGAUGUAGCAGCUCUACUUAUAAAGUAUAAUGCAUGUGUCAAUGCCACGGACAAAUGGGCUUUCACACCUUUGCACGAAGCAGCCCAAAAGGGACGAACACAGCUUUGUGCUUUGUUGCUAGCCCAUGGAGCUGAUCCUACUCUUAAAAAUCAGGAAGGACAAACACCUUUAGAUUUAGUUUCAGCAGAUGAUGUCAGCGCUCUUCUGACAGCAGCCAUGCCCCCUUCUGUUCUGCCUUCUUGUUACAAGCCUCAAGUGCUCAAUGGUGUAAGAAGCCCAGGAGCCACUGCAGAUGCUCUCUCAUCAGGUCCACCUAGCCCAUCAAGCCUUUCUGCAGCCAGCAGUCUUGACAACUUAUCUGGGAGUUUUUCAGAACUGUCUUCAGUAGUUAGUUCAAGUGGAACAGAGGGUGCUUCCAGUUUGGAGAAAAAGGAGGUUCCAGGAGUAGAUUUUAGCAUAACUCAAUUUGUAAGGAAUCUUGGACUUGAGCACCUAAUGGAUAUAUUUGAGAGAGAACAGAUCACUUUGGAUGUAUUAGUUGAGAUGGGGCACAAAGAGCUGAAGGAGAUUGGAAUCAAUGCUUAUGGACAUAGACACAAACUAAUUAAAGGAGUUGAGAGACUUAUCUCCGGACAACAAGGUCUUAACCCAUAUUUAACUUUGAACACCUGUGGUAGUGGAACAAUUCUCAUAGAUCUGUCUCUUGAUGAUAAAGAGUUUCAGUCUGUGGAGGAAGAGAUGCAAAGUACAGUUCGAGAGCACAGAGAUGGAGGUCAUGCAGGUGGAAUCUUCAAUAGAUACAAUAUUCUCAAGAUUCAGAAGGUUUGUAACAAGAAACUAUGGGAAAGAUAUACUCACAGGAGAAAAGAAGUUUCUGAAGAAAACCACAACCAUGCCAAUGAACGAAUGCUAUUUCAUGGGUCUCCUUUUGUGAAUGCAAUUAUCCACAAAGGCUUUGAUGAAAGGCAUGCAUACAUAGGUGGCAUGUUUGGAGCUGGCAUCUAUUUUGCUGAAAACUCUUCCAAAAGCAAUCAAUAUGUAUAUGGAAUUGGAGGAGGUACUGGGUGUCCAGUUCACAAAGACAGAUCUUGUUACAUUUGCCACAGGCAGCUGCUCUUUUGCCGGGUAACCUUGGGAAAGUCUUUCCUGCAGUUCAGUGCAAUGAAAAUGGCACAUUCUCCUCCAGGUCAUCACUCAGUCACUGGUAGGCCCAGUGUAAAUGGCCUAGCGUUAGCUGAAUAUGUUAUUUACAGAGGAGAACAGGCUUAUCCUGAGUAUUUGAUUACUUACCAGAUUAUGAGACCUGAAGGUAUGGUUGAUGGAUAAAUAGUUGUUUUAAGAAACUAAUUCCACUGAACCUAAAAUCAUCAAAGCAGCAAUGGCCUCUAAGUUUUACUCCUUUGCUGAAAAAAAAAAAAAAAAAAAAUCAUCUUGCCCCACAAGCCUAUAGCAAAAGGAUAAAAAUGUGAAAGAAGUUUAACAUUCUGACUUGAUAAAGCUUUAAUAAUGUACAGUGUUUUCUAAAUAUUUCCUGUUUUUCAGCACUUUAACAGAUGCCAUUCCAGGUUAAACUGGGUUUGUCUGUACUAAAUUAUAAACAGAGUUAACUUGAACCUUUUAUACAUUAUUCAUUGAUUCUAACAGAAACUGUAAUGCCCUCAACAGCUCGUUUUACUAAUACAGUACUGUGUUCUUUAAAACACAGCAUUUACACUGAAGACAAUUUCAUUUGUAAAACUGUAAAUAAGAGCUUUUGUACUAGCCCAAUAUUUAUUUACAUUGCUUUGUAAUAUAAAUCUGUUUUAGAACUGCAGCGGUUUACAAAAUUUUUUCAUAUGUAUUGUUCAUCUGUACUUCAUCUUGCAUCAUCAUGAUUGAGUGAUCUUUACAUUUGAUUCCAGACGCUAUGUUGAGUUGUUAGUUGGGAAAGAUUGAUUUAUCAGAUUUAAUUUGCUGAUGGGAGCUUGUAUCUGUCAUUAGAAAUCUUUCUCAUAGAACUUAUGAAUAUGCUGAAGAUUUAAUUUGUGAUACUUUUGUAUGUAUAAGACACAUUCCAAAGAGCUCUAACUAUGAUAGGUCCUGAUUACUAAAGAAGCUUCUUUACUGGCCUCAAUUUCUGGCUUUCAUGUUGGAAAAUUUUCUAAAGUCAUUCUGUGAAAAUUAGAGCAAAGUGCUCCUGUUUUUUUAGAGAAACUAAAUCUUGCUGUUGAACAAUUACUGUGUUCUUUUCAUGGAAGUUAAGUAAGAUGUUACAUUUCCAAGGUGGGGAAGGGUAAUCCUAAAUCAUUUCCCAAUUUAUUCUAAUUACCUUAAAUCUAAAGGGAAAAAAAAUAGCCAACAAGACUGGGUAGUUUUUUAUCCUAAGUAUUUUUUUUUCCGUUCUUUUUUUACUUGGUUUUAUUGCUAUGUUUAUAGCCAAACUAUACAUCAUGGGUAAACUCAACCCAGAACUAUAAACUGUAGUUGUCUCAGUCCCCUCCAGGCCUCCUGAAUGGGCAAGUACAGUGAAACAGGUGCUACUUGCUCCUGAGUUGCCUCUCCAUGACGUUAUGCCCAAUUGGAAAUAUGCUCUCAGUUUGUGCACCAUAUGGUGACUAGGCCUGUGUUCAGUUUGGCAGCUAUAGAAGGAAAUGCUGUCCCAUAAAAUGUCAUUCCUAUUUUCUAAGAUAAAACUCGUUUCCAGGAAGCAUGCUUAAGCAUCUUGUUACAGAGACGUACAUGCAUUAUGGCUUGGCAGUCUAUUUUAUUUGUUGACUGUAGCUCCCUCCAAAGUCGAGGAAAGAUCUUUACUCACUUAAUGAGGACAUUCCCCAUUGCUCUCUGUACCAGUUCACUUUUAUUUUACAUUUUAUUCAGUCUGUAAAUUAACUGGCCCUUUGCAGUAACUUAUACAUAAAGUGCUAGAAAAUCAUGUUUCUUGUCCUGAGUAAGAGUUUAUCAGAGUAAAUGCAUUUCUGGAGUUGUUUCUAUGAUGUAAAUUAUGAUUGUUAUUUAAGAGGUCAAAUCCUGACGUUGAAGUGCUUUUUAUACAGCUCUCUAGUAAUUAUGAAUAUGAUCCUAAAGUCAUUUCUUGGAACACAAAUGGAGUAUGCCAAAUUUUAUAUAAAUUUUUCAGAUUAUCUAAGUUUCCAGGUUUUAUAAUUAGAAGAUAAUGAGAGAAUUAAUGGGGUUUAUAUUUACAUUAUCUCUCAACAUGUAGCCCAUAUUACUCGCCCUAUGAGUGAAUCUGGAAUUGCUUUUCAUGUAAAAUCAUUGUGGUCUAUGAGUUUACAAUAUUGCAAACUGUGUUAUUUCAUCUAAUCCAUUGCUUGAUGAGUGUGUUUUUCCAUGAAUGAAUAUACUGUGGUUAAUAUGUUAGCAUGGCAGUGCUUUCAGAUAGCUUUUUGUUUGUUGGGAAGUUGGGGUUUUGGGGGAGGGGGAGGAUUAGUACUUUGCAUGAAAUAGCUUAUUUUAUAAUGAUGGAAUUGCUUUUUCUUUUGUCUUGUGAUUUAUUUUUUUUUGAAGCGAAAUUUAAUUUUUUGUGCAAGUAGUACUAUUAUACCCAUCUUCAGUGUCUUACUUAGACUGUAUCACAUUCCAUACCCUCAUUUAAUUCUUAAUAAACUGUUCACUUGUUUUUCUGGGUAGCAUGGUAAUUACUGGAAUAGUAAUAAAUGUGUUGAAUGGUCUUUGAGAAAAUGGAUUAAGAUAUUACAAUAAACCACAAUUGCAGGAAAACAAUGUAGUUCUGAGUCUAAUAGUGAUAAAGAAUGUAGUUUGAAGUUUGAAAUAUUGAAUAUUAUAGCCAUACUUGCUCCGUAAAAUGAAAGUAGCUGUAAGAUGUUCUCAACAUUUAGUCCAUUCAACACAACUUUGAUAAACCUUAAAGCCCAUUCCUGGGAAAUUAAUCUUCUUACCUUAUAAAGAGGAAUAUAUUUUUAUUUCUGUAUUAUAUGAAAACAUUCUUAAUAAGUUUCCAAACCUCAGUUAGUGGUAUUUAUUGCUAUUUUAAAAAGUAUAUUAGUCGUAUGUAUAUUAGACUUCAGUAUGUUAAGUUUCCUUGUGUGUGAUCAAUUCCCUGCUUUGCAUAAUAAGAGAAUGGUGGUGCAAAUAAUUCUUAAGUCUUUUGCUUUGAAAUAUAUUUCAGCAGCUUUAUGUUCCUGCUUCAUUUGGAGUAAUAUGGAAGUAUUUGCUUGCUAUUUCAAGUGUGCAUGCCAGUUUCAGGUGUCUAUUGUGAUCUAGUUGUUUGCAGGUUGAUGAGGCAAGAAAACAUGCAGAUCUCCAGAGCCCUUACAAUCAGUACUCCUGACUGUGCCUUUACCUGCUGUCCUGUCCUUAUUACAGGACCAGAAUGACAAAGGAAGCAAGUCGUGGUGGUACUCAUUUUUCACCAGAACUGUCAGACUUCUAUAAAAUUAAAUUGCAGUAUAGCCUUUCCCUGUCUCCUGAGUCUCCACACCUCCUGCCCUUUUGUGCUGACUAGUUUAGGCUGGCUAUGACCUAAAAUCCUUAAUUACACCCUCCUUAGAAAGUUCUUGUUCUUCACAUAAAGCCAUUAUUAUUAAAAGUGUUAUCUCCACUUUGUCACCUACCCAGAGCUGUCAUUUCCAUAACACAAAUAUAUACAGAGCCGCCAAAAGCAGUCUGCCAGUAUACUGUAAAGCAGUGCUAUGCAAAGGUGUGAUCUGCAGAUGGGAUUGGUCUGCACACUGAUGUUACCAGCCCAUGGGGAAAUGAAUACAAAAAGGGUAAACUUUUUUAAACUUUUAUAAAGCAAGACAUUGAUGUAAUUUUUUUUUCUUAUUGUUUUUAAUUGAAAUUCUGCCCUGCAAUGGAUUGGAAACUUGAAAAAAGAAACUGAUUAUUCACAGAUAGUUUGAAAGGUUUCACAUCUGCUUUGUAUACCAGCAGACUUAACACCUGGCAUAUCUGGCACCUAGUGUUCUCAGUAAAUUUUUGAUUGAG